CCCCGGGCCGCCCCGAGCCGCCCAGCUCCGUGAGGGCGUUCCCCGCGGCCAGGCCCCGCCCGCCUGCGGCCGGGCGGCGGCGAGCGGCGAGAUGGCGGCCUGCGGGCGGCGGGCGGCGGCCGGGCUUCUUACCAGAUUGCAGACUUCAGCUCUUAUGAUACGAACUUUAGCAUCAUCGCAUUCUUUUUCUCAAAACAUUCCAAGCUCUUUGUGGAAACUGGGCCGACUUAAUCAUGUAGCAAUUGCAGUGCCUGAUUUGGAGAAAGCUCAGUCCUUGUAUAAAGAUGUGUUAGGAGCACAGGUGAGCGAGACUGUAGCUCUGCCUGAACAUGGUGUCUACACUGUUUUUGUGGAGCUGGGAAAUACAAAGCUGGAACUUCUACACCCUUUAGGAGAGAAAAGUCCCAUUACAAGUUUUCUGCAAAAGAACAAGACUGGAGGAAUGCAUCAUAUCUGCAUUGAGGUUGAUGACAUAAAAGCAGCUAUGGCAGAACUGAAGAAAAAAAAGAUUCGAAUACUGAGUGAAGAGCCAAAAAUAGGUGCACAUGGCAAACCCGUGAUUUUUCUUCACCCUAAAGAUUGCCAUGGAGUCCUUGUGGAACUUGAACAAGCCUGAGCUGUAAUAUUCAUAUAUAAGGCAAUAAAUGAGUUGUGAAGUUA